ACAAGGACCAGGAUUUGAGACCUAACCGAGAUAAAAUCGCUGGCUCGCUUACGACAUGAAUCGACAAAACGGUAAUCAUUUGCAUGGCAUGAAUGAGGGUCAACUGGAGCUAGCGCCAUUGGAACUGAUGGACGUGGAUAUGGAUGGUAAUUUUCAGGGUGAUGAAUUAGAUAGUAAUAAUCCCACACAGAAGUCAUCCGCCAAAUCCCUAUCACCCAUUGUCAGUGAUCAUGCUCUCAACGUGCUUAAUGAACUACGGGAAGCGAAUCUCCUGUGCGAUGCACAGAUCUCGGUCGGGGAGCAGUCCUUCAAUGUGCACCGUGCCAUCAUGUGCUCCUGCAGCUCGUAUUUUCGCGCACAGUUUACGGGAUUCAACAGCCGUGCAGGAGCGGGAAGUGAGGAGAGUCGAAUUGUCCACAUACCUGGAAUCGGUGCGCCCAUCAUGAACUCGGUAAUACAGUAUGCCUACCUGCGGAAGACCAACAUCGGUGACGAUAACGUGCAUGAAUUGCUCAUCUGCGCGGACUAUGUGGGAAUGGUGGGGUUGGUAAAACAGUGCAAGGAUUACCUUAGUCGCACCCUCACUCCGGAGAACUGCGUCAGCAUCAUGGGUUUUGCGCGCUUUCGGUUUCUCGAGGACUUGUAUGUCAAGGCACGCAACUACACGCUUAGGUACUUCACGGAUGUGGCUGCCCGGAAUACGGACAUACUGGACCUGAAUGUCAAGGACUUCUUCAGUAUUAUUAGCGAUGAUGAGUUAAAUACUCGUGAGGAGGACUACGUAUGGAAAUUGUGCGUCAAGUGGAUUGACCGAGACCCUGAGAAUCGCAAACAGCAUGUGGCGCAUCUGAUGACGGGCGUGCGCCUUGGUCUGAUGACCCCCAAGUGCUUCAUGGAGGAGGUCAAGGAGCAUCCCUAUGUCAUUCAAUGCGAGGCAGCGAAACCUUUGAUAGUCGAUACCUUUAAAUUCAUCAGCAACUUAUACGUGCCCUUUGAUUUGCCCUUUCAACCCAAGCUCACCACACCGCCGCUGGCGAUGCCCCGACUGCCGCACGAGGUCAUCUUUGCCAUUGGUGGCUGGAGUGGUGGCACCUCCAAGGGCUGCAUCGAGACCUACGAUACGCGGGCCGAUCGAUGGGUGAACAUCAAUGCCGAGGAUCCAGCCGGACCAAGGGCAUAUCACGGUACCGCCGUGAUUGGCUUCAAAAUCUUCUCGAUCGGUGGCUACGAUGGCGUCGAGUACUUUAACACCUGUCGCGUCUUCGAUGCCGUCAAAAAGAAGUGGAACGAGAUUGCUCCGAUGCACUGUCGCCGUUGUUAUGUCAGUGUUGCGGAAUUGAAUGGCAUGAUCUAUGCCAUUGGUGGCUACGAUGGACACAAUCGGCUCAACACCGUGGAGCGUUACAAUCCAAAGACAAAUCAAUGGUCGAUUAUUCCCCCAAUGAAUAUGCAGAGAUCGGAUGCUAGCGCUUGUACCCUCCAUGGACGCAUCUAUGCAACGGGUGGAUUCAAUGGCCAGGAAUGUUUGGACAGCGCCGAAUUCUACGAUCCCUUAACCAAUCUCUGGACACGUAUACCAAAUAUGAAUCAUCGUCGCUCUGGCGUCAGCUGUGUGGCAUUUCGAGAUCAGCUCUAUGUCAUUGGUGGAUUUAAUGGUACGUCCAGAUUAUCGACGGGCGAACGCUUUGAUCCGGAGACCCAAUCCUGGCACUUUAUACGCCAAAUGAAUCAUUCGCGCAGCAACUUUGGUCUCGAAAUCAUUGAUGACAUGAUCUUUGCCAUUGGAGGCUUCAAUGGCGUCUCCACCAUCUCGCACACGGAAUGCUACGUGGCCGAAACGGAUGAAUGGAUGGAGGCAACGGACAUGAAUAUUGUACGCUCCGCAUUGUCGGCCAAUAAUGUGGCUGGAUUGCCCAACAAACGUGAUUACAUACAUAAGGAACGGGAUCGUCUGAUGGAGGAGCGACGACAGCGAUUGAUGGCCACGGCAAUGGCACGGGAGGAUGUGGGCAGCACGAAUCGAUCACAGUCGCUGAUUGACAACAAUGAUACGGCUCUGGAUGAUCUGGAUGACGAGAGUCCCAAUGAGGAUGUGGAUGGUGAGGAGCUGUUACCGCAGUUACCGCAGCAGGUGGCACUACCACUCCCAGCACCUGGCAUACCUCCUGCGGCAGCUGUUGAUGCAGCAGCUGCAUUGCCGGCCGUCCAUGUCAAUCGUGCGAUUGAGGAUCGGGCUCCCGACAAUAAUAAUAAUAAUCGGCGCUUUCGGGUGCAGCUGCGUAAUCAGCGUUAUGGUUCGCAUCAUGAAAUACGUCGUCGCUCCUAAACGACGCAACCGACAUAUUCCCUCAGACAAUUCACGGAACUAACUGGACAACCCUACCGAUCCCGAUCCGAUCCCGUCCCCGAUCCAAUCAGCGUCAUUCACAUUAAUAGAGGAAGCGUAAGCGUGGGCAAAGGUAUUCUGGUGCAGAAAUCAAAUUAGCAUGGCCCACGUCCAUAGAAACCGUUUUAUUUUUCUAGUUUUCUUUUUCGAUAACGCACACAAAUUCUUGGCAAAUGUUAAAUUUUCACUGCAUAGCUUCAUGCGCAACAAGGCUGCCACAUCAAUUAUCAUUUUGGAAAAUUUUCAAAACCUAAAUUCCGUUAUCCAAAUUUCCAUAGUAUAACUAAAUUCUUUGCAUUAUACACAAUAAAAAAUACUGAAUAUUCAUGAUAUUUACUGAA